CUGUGAGCAUCAAGUCUGAGCGGAGUCGUGUCGCGUGAGCAGCGUUUAACACUCGACCACAGAUGGAUGGUUCUCCGGAUUGACGUUUCUUCUGUCCCCUGAUUUGCAUCAAGAAAGCUAAGAAACAUGGCGCGACUGCCGCUGCUGCUACUGGGUGUCAUUUCUUUACAAGUUUUCCUCCCGAUUUUAUCUUUAUCAUUACCGGAUGAACUGUCACCAACAUCAGGGAAACUAACACCAGGUGCGGUAAACACCAGUUCCAGACUUAAACGACAGUCUGAUGACAGACUCUUCCAAGGUGGGCCGCGACAAUGUCCACAGAAUCUACCAGCACCACCGAUACCAAUUCAAGGAGAGGGCCGACCACGAACAGCUAUACCAUUGAAUCGUCUUCCGCCGGCACCAGCAUUCAACGGCAGAGUAAGUGCCCCCUUUCGAAUCCUGAAUCCUGACGGUUUCAACCUACCAUCUCAAGAUCCGGGAGGAAGAAUGCUGGGUGAAGGUGGAACUCCACUUUCUCGGCAUCACAUCAUCCCCGCAAGGACGCUUGGAAAUUUCUUCAACCUCGUUAUUCGUAAUGAAAUCAUAUUCCAGGGUCAUGCAGGUGGAAGUAGGCAUUUUCGUUUUGGCGAGUUUCUGGAACGUUUGACACAAGAGGCUAUUUUCGAUUUCAGAAGAUUGCCUACUUCUCAAAAUGACGCGCACGAUAGCGCUUCGGAAAUUGCGUAUGUACUUGUUGGGAAUCAAUCUUUACCAAGGCAUACGGAAACUCUUUAUCACAUGUUUCAGUGGUUCCCGCCUAACAUAUUUGUAGGACCCGACCCAAAUUAUCGAAAUAAUGACCCUCAAGACCACUUCGAUGAGGAAGCAGCCUGUGCAGUGGGAGGUGGUUAUGGGGUGAUUAUCUUAGAACUGUUUAGAGCUUUGAAUUGGAUCAUGGUGAACUAUAAUGAACACGCGGAUGCUCUUACUGACGAGCAACACACAGGAAUGGUGACAUGUGCAGUCGACAUCCUGGAUAGAUUAUUAAACUACCAGAGGAGAGUAUACCAUUACAAUCGCGAACAGUGGAGGGCAGUGGACCGAAAGUGGACAGCAAUAUGUCCGCCUACGUCACACUUUAGAAGAGAGAGAAGAGAGAUAGGGGCCACAUUCGCAACUAAAAACAAGUCUUCAAUACCAGAUUCGUGUUGUUUCGUUCCUGUGAAGUUAUGGGAUCUUAAGAGUCGAAAUUUGGCUAUCGCCAAAAUGGUUUUUGAGCGCGCCAAAAAUAGUGGCGGAUUCACGGAAAAGGACUAUGCAUCAUGGAAAGAGUGGUAUCACAACUCGCCGUGGAUAUCAAAUUUCAGUUGGGGAAUAUUUGGAGACGGGGUGAAAAUGGCAGGUUUUGGUCUGCUUAAAAAAGUUUGGGGAUCAUUUGGUUAUGUGUUUAGAGAUGGGUCUGUUUCUGUAGGUAUAGUAGGGAGAGAUACCCUACAUGGUGACGAUAAUUGGAAGACGAUAAAGGGAAGUGACUGGCUGUUGGAUAAGGACGAAAGUGAGGGUUAUGCUGGUCAAAUGUUUUUUGAUAGAAAUGGAAGGCCAGUGGCCAUUGUUAUCACGAAGAAAAUAUUCGGAGAGUUUGGUUCAGGAUACUCUUUCAUCUACAAUGAUGGUAAAUGGGAGUAUGAGUCGACGGAUGAUUGGGAUGGACGCCGCUUUGGUGGUAGGACCGAGUCUCUUGAUUCUACUGCACCAAGAUUUCUCAGAUAACUUCCCGUUAUGGCCAAAUUGACCUGGGAGGUCAAGAUGUAACUUGUUAUACUUGUGUUUCAUUGAAUAAAAAAUAAAUAGAUUGUUUUA